AUGCGCUCCCACGUCUCCCUGGCCGCAUGUCUGGCUCUGGCAACCCACGGGGUUUUGUCUUGGGAAUUCCUGUCCGAAGCCGACACCAGGCACGCCUUGGACAGCAAUGAGUUCAGCUUGGUUGCUUUUGUCUCGCCCGAAGACGAGGCAAGCAAGAACUUUGAAUCAGAAUGGCUACCUUUAGAAGGCCAAGAGUUCGCACUCAGUGUCGACUGCCAGAACGCAGCAACGCUUUGCGCUGAGCUCGAUGUCGUCUCCUUGCCAGCCAUCCGUAUCUACACCCCCGAGGGCCUCCACUGGAGGUACCGCGGGCCGAGGGUCACCAAAGAGAUCAUGGCCUUCCUCCAGCGCAUGUUCCACCCGCCUGUCACCGAGUUUGACGGGCCAUUGACGCAGUCUUUCGCCCAGGGCGACGACGUCGUCUUCAUGGCGCAGGUUGGUUCUGGCUCGGAGAAUGACAACAUUUUCGAGCGUUACAUCGACUUGGCCGACGAGUACCGAGAUCGCUACUCGUUUGGUCUACGAAGGACCGACGAUGCGACAUCCAACAUUCGGUGUUUCCAGAACGUAGACCGUCUCGUGCACAUUACGUCCGAGUUGGAGACAGUGGAGUCUAUGGGUGCCUUUCUCAAGAAAUGCACUGCAUUUCUGAUCCCGGAAAUGACCCGUCAGAACGAGAUGGACAUUCUCUCGUCUGGCAAGUCUGUGGUAUACUUCGCCUCGCCCUCCGCCGCGGACCGCGAGGCGCACAGAGAGGCCACGCGACCCUUGGCCCAGAAGUACAACGAGUACCUCAUAUUCGUCACGGUGGACUCAUCUGCACAUCCAGACAUGAUGGCGGGAUUGGGGCUCGACGGCGGUGCUUCUACCAAGGGCUUGAGCGUUCAGAACCCACGUAUGGGCCAGGUCUUCCCUUUCGCAGGUUCUGACAGCCAAUUUGCGCAGGAGGCUCUGGAAAAAUUCAUCGUCGCAAUCUCAGAAGGCAAAGUUGAACCAUGGAGUGGUGCUGGGGCCGAGGGCAGCGAUGUGGCAGACGCAGCUGGCGAUGGUGUUGCGGGUGGGGAGGCAUCGCGAGAGGAACAGUCACGAGACGAACUUUGA